GAUUAUACUCCCAUCGUCGCCGGGAGAGAAGCCGCCGCACGCCGUUCCAACAAAUUCAUUCGUCCAUCCUCGGAUCGAUGGCCGCCGUGAAGAAGGUGGUGGUGAAGCUGGACCUGCGCGACGACACGCGGAAGCGCAAGGCGAUCAAGGCCGUCUCCGCUCUCUGUGGUAUCGAGGAGAUCGCCGUGGACAUGAAGGAGGAGAGGAUGACGGUCGUGGGCACGGUCGACCCCGUCGACGUCGUCCGCAAGCUGCGCAAGCGCUUCUGCAUGGUGCAGAUGGUCUCCGUCGGCCUGGCCAAGGAGGAGAAGAAGAAUGGGGACAAGAAGCAGGAAGGCGAUAAGACGGAUGGCAACAAGGAGAAGAAGAACAGCGACACCAAGGACGUCCCGCCGUGGCGCCCGCCGCACUGUUACCCGCUGCCUCACCACCCUCACCCGUGCUGCUUCCUCCACACCGAGGAGAACCCCAGCGCGUGCGUCAUCUGCUGAUCGAUCGGUCCGACGCACAUUUCUUGUGACCGUCCUGCACACCAGCCGAUUGAUCGAUCGGGACUCACCAGCCCACCUGCACCGGUGAUCGACGGCGUGCGUUAUAUUUUAUAUAUAUAUAUAUGGCCGUGUGUGAGCUAAAUACUGCACAGGUGAUCUGGCAGCUGCGCAUCUGCUGAGUUCGCCAGAUACGGAUUUGCGGUGUGGCUAAGAACUUAAAUAAAUAAAACUGCUGCAUUUGGGUUUUGAA